AUGGCUAGAUCGCCCAGACGAGCUUCAGUUUGGUCGCUAGGCCACUCCAUUUUGUUUCUCAUCGCCACCAUUACAGCCGCCUCAGCUCAUCUCACAUCUACAGGUCUCUCUGUGACACUAAACGAUGUCUACUAUUUCGUUUCGCCCUUCCCAUCGGGCAAAAUCGGCGUCCCCAGAGACUCGCUUUUGAAGGUCCCACGGGUGCUCGGCUUCCUACCUGUGACUGUCGUCCAAGACCGCGUGGCCCACUCUGAUCUAACAAAGCUGCUCGCAAACUGGACCGUUAUCGACGACGUUUACCAAGCAGUGUUUUCCGAGGCCAUCUUCUUGGCUGAGUCUGGAGGUGGAACUGGGUCUCAGGAUCUGGCAGUAACCGAGAGACAGAUUCUACCAGGACUCUCGUCCACCGUUAUUGCCUUCAAGGACUCCAAGAUCCCAUCCGGACCCUACUUCCUCGAAGCCGCCACCGGCUCCCUGUAUCCGGUCUACCGCCUGUAUGAGGAUUUUGCAGGUGCUUUUACCGAGCCCCUGAUUCCGACUCCUGAUGGCAGGUUUCAGCCCAUGUCGGCCAAAAUACCGGGCUCAUCUACCCUAUCCGUCGGUGUUCCAUCCCGAUUGUAUUUCACUAAAACAGCCGGCAAGCCACUCGCCGGAGUCCGCCUCGGCGUCAAGGAUAUCUACAGCCUGGCCGGCGUGAAAAGGUCCAACGGCAACAGGGCCUGGUACAGCCUCUACCCACCAAACAAUGUUACCGCACCGGCGAUCCAACGGCUCCUUGAUGCGGGCGCGCAGAUCAUCGGCCUCCAAAAGACUUCUCAGUUUGCCAACGGCGAGUUUGCGACGGCCGACUGGGUCGAUUACCAUGCUCCCUUCAACCCGCGCGGCGAUGGUUAUGAGGACGCAGGCUCUUCCUCUUCUGGGGCGGGUGCUUCUAUUUCUUCGUACGAGUGGCUCGACAUUGCUAUCGGUAGCGAUACUGGGGGCAGCAUUCGCGGGCCGGCUGGCAUCCAAGGGUUAUUCGGCAACCGUCCAUCUCACGGCCUGGUCUCGCUCGACCACGUCAUGCCCCUAGCACCAACGUUGGACACGCCGGGCUUCAUAGUACGUGAUCCGUAUCUCUGGAAUGCGGCCAGUGCGGUCAUCUACGGCAACAACUACACCUCCUUCGCCAAUAAAAAGCCCGAGUACUCCAAGCAAAUCUACACCUUGGAGUUCCCACCUGCGUCCGAUCCAUCUAUCAAGCUCUUCGAGGACUUCGCCGCGGCACUGGCCAAGUUCGUAGGAGGCACUGCUAGCCCUCUAGACCCAGAGGUCAAAUGGGCUGCCACCCGGCCCGCCGAGGUAGGAAACGCAACCCUCAGCGAGCUCUUCAACACCACGUACGCGACCAUCAUCACCAAGGAGCAAACCGCCCUCCUCCGCGACCCCUUCUACCGCGACUACGCCGCGGCGCACUCCAACCGCCGCCCCUUCAUCAACCCGACCCCCCUGAUCCGCUGGGCCUACGGCGACUCCCUACCCGCCUCGGCCCUAACCACCGCUCUCGCCGCCCAAACCCUCUUCACCACCUGGUUCACAACCCACAUCCUCCGCUCCCCCUCCCCAGCCCCCAACGACACCACCACCCCCACCUGCCACACCCGCCCCCUCCUCCUCUACCCCGCCGCCACCGGCCUCUCCCUGCCACGCAACCUGUACGCCGGCCCGCCGGGGAUCCCCUUCGGCUUCUACGCGUCGCGUAUCGCGUCCUUUGCGGGGGUGCCCGACCUGGUGUUUCCGCUCGGGGAGGUUUGGGGUGAUGAGUGCGGUGACGGGGCAGGAGGAAAGGUUUGCCGGUUGCCGGCCAGUGUGUUGGCGCCGCGCGGGUGUGAUGGGUUGUUGGUGGCGGCCUGGCCCCAGGACGUUGGUCGGAGAAGGGGGCGGUGA